AUGGGUAAAACUUUCAAAAAAGUUCACGCCUGCUCUGUUGGAGACUUUGGGAGCAACACCAAAAAGAUCCCACAAUGGAUCACUGCUAAUGGGGGAACAUACUACAAAGAUGUCACUAAGGACGUCACUCAUCUCGUCACUACGAGAGAGGCCUUCAAGCAGAAGGGCCCUGCUAUUACUGAAGCAAAGAAGCUGAAGACCGUCAAUAUUGUCUCGUACGAUUGGUUGGCUGAGUCGCUGCUCUCCGAACACCGUAGACCUCGGUUGGUCAGGGAGUAUCUAUGGACUAAUAUCCUUAAAAAUGAGAAGAAGAAAACACAGAAAAGAAAGGAUACGCCGAAAAAUAUCCAAAGAGAAGAGCCUGUGGAACAGACCCUGACAGAUGGAGAAGAGACAUUGGGAAGCUACGCAGGCGGAAACCCAGGCCAGAAAACGGGAGGCCCGAAAGCGAAGUGUACGAAGACCAGAGUGAAGUCUAUUAAGAAAAAGAGAAAGAGAAGAAGCCCAGCCAAAUCAACAGACCCAUUUGAUACUAAGCUGCGCACCCCUAAAGCUCAAACUAUAGCAGCAAAUCACCGUCUUUACGAAGCAGAAGGCGUGACAUAUAGUGCGACACUGGUCCGACCUUCAAACACGGCCGGUAAUACCAGAGAGACUAUCCAGCUAAAGGUUUUUGAGACCAUCAAAGUUCCUCACACCUACGCUACGCACAUCAAGUUCACCCGACGAGGAUUAUCGAAGACGCAUUUAUUGGCUCCACUUGACAGCAACCUCGAUACCGCGCUGGCGGCGUUUGAAGGCUUUUUCAAGGCUCAAACAGGAAAGGAAUGGGAUGAUAGGUUGGACGGGAUGCUCCCUUCUCCAAAGAAAGACAAAGAUGGAAACACGCAACCGCCACAUAAGGGUUGGUUUUGGUUUGACACUGGUCCUGCGGAAUCGUCAUUGGCAAGUCUGUUCCAUGAUGGAAAGAUAUAA